CAAUAUGCUUAAAAUGACCGUUUUGAUACCCAUAACAUGUGUUCAUGCUUAUCUUAUGAUCUGUGGUUUUUAUUGGUACCAUUUUGGAUUAUAUGGGACUUUUCGAUCACUUUUUUAAGAUGUCAACAAUAAUCAGCAGUUUUUGUCCUUUUUUUUCGUGUUUUCGCCUUCAUGUUAUAUUAUAAUAUUUCAGACAGUUCUGCACACAUUAAUACCAAAUAUGUUUAUCUUUUUCCACCCUAAAUCUGUUGGACCGCAGGAGGUCACACUUCUACAGGGGAGUCCCAUUUUUGGGAAUGUGGUGGGCAGUACAGAUUAGAUAAGAUCGUACAAUUUGAGCAAAAUAUGGCGUACACAAAAAUACUGACAAGAAGAGAAGUAAUAGAAUGCACACGUGGUUGUGUACACUGAUCCUAUGUGUAUAGUGGUCAUUCCCCUUUCCUUGCUAUGUACGACCCACUUCUCAGGUCAUGCGCUCAUCAUCUCCUCCACUAAAUUCACUACGGAACAAGCUUUCCGGUGCUUCCUCCUCAUUGGCUGACUCAGCGGUGACGCGCCUCAGUUCUUAUCUCUCAUUGGUUGGGAGGCUCCACUUGGAUGACAGGUCUGUGGGCGCUGCCCGAGGUGCUGACUGCAACAGGCGCCGUGCCCGGAGUGUGCCCUGAGUGUGCCCGGGAGUCCGGCCAUGGCCGCGCUGGAGUGGUACGCACACAAGGCCCUGGGGGACGGCGUGUUCUGGAUACAGGAGCGCUUCUAUGAGUCGGGGAACCGGGCGAACAUUUGGCUGGUGCGCGGCUCCCACCAGGACCUGGUCAUAGACACGGGGCUCGGGCUGCGCAGCCUGCCGGACUACCUGUGCGCUGCCGGGCUGCUCCCGCACGGUAAGGACGGGGGAUCCGGGCGCAGGCCGCUCAUGGCUGUGGCCACCCACGUCCACUUCGACCACUCGGGGGGCCUGCACCAGUUCGAGCAGGUGGCGGUGCACCGGGAGGAGGCGGAGGCGCUGGUCCGGGGAGAUAACUUCGAGACCGUCACCUGGUUGUCUGACAGCGAAGUGGUGAAGCCCCCGGUACCGGGCUGGAGCGCCAGUCAGUUCAAGGUGCAAGCGGUGACCCCCACCCACAUCCUGGAAGAUGGUGACAUCAUCAGCCUUGGCGACAGACAGCUGACAGUGAUGCAUAUGCCGGGACACUCACGGGGCAGUAUCUGCUUGCACGAUAGAGAUCGCAAGCUCCUGUUCAGCGGUGACGUUGCAUAUGAUGGAUCAAUGAUAGACUGGCUUCCUUACAGUAAUAUCCCUGAGUAUGUCAGGUCCUGUGAAAGUCUUAAGGGGCUGGUGGACAGAGGUCUGGUAGACAAAGUGCUCCCUGGGCAUUUCAAUACAUUUGGGGCAGAAAGACUUUAUCGCUUGGCCUCCAAUUAUAUAACCAAUGCCGGAGUCUGCCACAAAGUGUCAACCUAUGCGGUGCGAUCCUUUGCUGGAUUAGCGCUUCGUGUAACUAAUUCCAGGAGAACAACUUAGAGAGCCUUGGCAGUGCCAACCAAGAGAGCGAAAUACCAAGAACUUCUAUGCAAACAUCUGAAACCAAACAAGGUGUUUAAUAUGUAGAUACAUUUAAUACCUCCCGUAUAAGCCUGGUUUAAUAUCCAGUUGGCAAGUUAAAGGGGUACUCCAGUGGAAAACAAUAUUUAUUUAUUUUUUAUCAACUGGUGCUAGAAAGUUAAACAGAUUUGUAAAUUACUUCUAUUAAAAAAUAUUUGCCCUUCUAGUACUUUUUAGCAGCUGUAUGCUACAGAGGAAAUUCUUUUCUUUUUGAAUUUCUUUUUUGUCUUGUCUCUGCUGACACCUCUGUCUGUAUCAGGAACUGUCCAGAGCAGGAGAAAAUCCCCAUAGCAAACCUAUGCUGCUCUGGACAGUUCCUGACAUGGACAGAGGUGUCAGUAGAGAGCACCGUGGACAAGACA